AUGUGGAACUGCUCUGCACCGUCCUCGCUAUUGCUGCCGUUCGGCGACGACUUUAAUGCAGUGAAGUGCGAAAACUCUAGCUCACCGGCAGGAGCUGUAGGUUUGGACAUGAUACUCGCUGCGGAGUAUGAUCUGUGCCAUACUCUGAACUUGUCGCCGUCACUUCAGAGUCUUCAGAUACCAACGCUUUUAUCUAUGCACGGUCGACAGAGCUAUCUAGGGGAGAGCUCGAUCUACAGUGGCGAGGCCAGGCCGGCAUUUGCGCAAUUCGGUUGCACCCAACCAACUACUGCUACUCACCUGGUGAAGUGGACGGCGGCGGGGGCGCCAACGACCGGUGGCGGCAGCAGUCUCAGGGGCUCGAAGAGGCUAAAGGCAACAGCCACAGCGACAGCACAAGGCCCACAUCACGGCCUGCGAUGCAAUGCAAAGCCAACAAGAAAUCAGCAUAUGAAGACACCAUGUAAGCGGGGCCAGAAGCUGGGGGACAAGAUCACAACACUUCAGCAGCUAGUCUCUCCUUAUGGCAAGACGGAUACCGCAUCGGUGCUCCACGAGGCAGCCACUUGCAUCAAGCACCUCCACGAGCGGAUCCAGCUCUCCAGCGUCACAGCAGGACACCGAAGAAGAAGGCGCGACGGAUCUGCGCCAGCGAGGCCUGUGCCUGGCGCCGCUGUCCCCGGCCGUCGUGCAACUCGUGUCGUCCGAGGCCGCGCGCGGGCACCGUGACACGGAGGAUCGUUGGCGCUGGAUCGGCACUCU